AUGGCUACACAACAAAAAUUCGAGGGUUGGGUCGCUGAAAAGUCUACAAAGGAACAGGACUUGAUCUGGAAGGAAUAUGAGAUGAAGCCCUUUGAAGAUACAGAUAUUGAGAUCCGUAUUACUCAUUGUGGUGUUUGUGGAACUGACGACCACAUCUCUAAAAAUGGCUGGGGAUCUACCGAAUAUCCCAUCGUCGUCGGGCAUGAAAUCGUGGGUGUAGCAACCCGCAUCGGUUCCAAAGCCGAAGGCCACAUAAAAGAAGGCGACAUAGUUGGUGUAGGCGCUCAAAGCGAUGCAUGUUUUGAACGCGACGGCCCAUGCGAAGAAUGCGCCAACGGUCUUUAUAACUACUGCUCCAAGAACACUCCCACCUAUGGCGGUGUACACUGGUGUGGAACUCCGUCUACAGGUGGUUACGCACGAUAUCAUCGCUGCCCAUCCAGGUUCGUCGUCAAGAUCCCUCAGGGCCUUGCUCCUGAACUUGCGGCUCCGAUGCUGUGUGCUGGAGCAACCAUGUAUGCACCCUUGAAGUAUUUCGGAGCGACAGGCCGAAAGGUUGCCAUUAUCGGAAUUGGUGGCUUGGGUCAUUUCGGUAUUAUGUUUGCCAAAGCUCUUGAUGCUGCUGAAGUUGUGGCUAUUUCGAGAGGUUCUGAUAAGAAGGGUGAUGCCCUUGCUCUUGGAGCUGACGAGCACAUUGCUACAAGUGAAGAAGGCUGGGCCGAAAAGAAUAAGAGGAGGUUUGACUUGAUCAUCAACACAGCCGAUGGAUCCAACGCAAGUAUCACCCUCUCGAUCACUUCGUCAACAUUUACUAACAUAAAUAAGAUGCCAUGGAACGAAUACCUCGGUCUUCUGAGAGUAGAUGGCACAAUGGUUUCAGUCGGCGCGCCCGAGAAGGCAAUCCCGAUCAACAUCUUUUCUCUACUCCCAAUCCGUGGUAGAUUCACAUCUACUUCAGUUGCAACUCCCAACGAGGUGCGGGACAUGCUUCAAUUGGCAGCUGAUAAGAAUCUUAAGCCAUGGGUUGAGGAACGUCCCAUGAGAGAGGCGAACGAGGCAUUGAAGGAUCUCCAGGCAGGAAAGCCAAGGUUUCGAUAUGUUCUUGUCAACGAGGACUGA